CCACCUAAGCCGUCCCUUUCCAAUCUUUACACGGACAGUUGUCUAUGAGCUGUCUCGCUCAUAAGCCUCUGCAUAUGAUAUAAAACCCUAGCCUCAGACACGCAGAAAUGCGUUAUAUAUCCAUUCUCCAGCCACUGCCCAUCCGAGCAGUUACCAUAAGUCCAUAACACGAGAAAAAACGGGAGCAAGUGAGCAAGAAGCGACUGCGGAGGAGCAAGCCAGCAUCAGAUCCAUGGAGCUGGAGGCCGCCCCGCAGCUCCCGAGGAGGGAUGCCAGGAAGCUGGUGAGGUGCCCGAGGCUGCAGCUGGACGCCAAGACGGUCACGGCCGUCGAGCAGUCCACGGGCACGCCCGUCGCCGACUCAGCGGCCACCAGCCCUGGCGGCGCGAUGCGCGUCAAGAUCUUGCUGAGCAAGCAGCAGCUCAAGCAGGUGGCCGCGGCCGUCGCAGCCGGCGGCGCCUUCGCCCUGCCGCCCGCGCUGGAGCAGCUGGUGAGCGCCAUCAAGAGGCAGCACGCGAAGAAGCAGACGGCGGCGGCGACCAACGCGGCUGCCGCGAGGCGCCCGGGACGGUGGUCGCCGGCGUUGCACAGCAUCCCGGAGGAUAUCUACAGCUAGAUAACCCGCCUAGCUUCGUGGUGUAGUCGGUCUGCAUGUAUAGCUUCGGUGGUCUCCCUCCAUUUUUACUUUGCCUCUUCGUCCUUAAUUCCUGGGUCGCAGCGUUGGGCCAAAGUGAAAGCGCGCCCAAUGGCCCGCGUUCCAGCUUUAAAAUGUCAGCAAUUUAAAUCUGACAUUUUGGAUCCAAUUCGUUUCUCUCUGCUCAAGAUCGAUCGAUGUACAGAUUCUCUGGACGAAUCAAUAAAGAGAAUGAGCUGGGGGAAAUAAA